CCCUUUUAUAAUCGCCGAGGUAUUCCGAUUGCUUUUUAGAAUACUCUUCAAAUAGAAGAGUUGCGCAAAGUCAAGAAAUUGCGCGAAAUUGUGACAGAGCAAUUUGUAAAAACGAAAGUAGACUUGUGUAAACUUGUGGAUUUCAAAAUGGCAGCCUGUGAAGAUGAAAAUGAGAACAGCUCAAACAAAAAUGAUGGAGACACAAGUUUUUCAGUCAUACACAAAAAAGGAGAUUUAUUUACCUGUGACUUCAGUGAAAGUUUAGCUCACUGUGUUAGUAAGGACCUGCGAAUGGGAAAAGGAAUUGCCACCCUGUUUAAACAGAAUUUUCAGGGAUUGUCAGAGCUAAAAGCUCAAGCUAAAGAUGUUGGUGAUGUGGCAGUUUUGAAGCGAGAUGAAAGAUUUGUGUAUUAUUUGAUAACAAAAUCUAGGUACUUCGAUAGACCCACCUACGAGACACUGGAAGAUAGCCUGAAAGCAAUGAAGACCCACUGUGUUACGAAUAACGUUAAAGCAUUAAGUAUGCCUAAGAUUGGUUGUGGACUUGAUAAACUAGAGUGGGAUCAGGUUGAGGCAAUCCUGACAAGGUUAUUCCAGGAUACAGGCAUAGUAAUCACAAUUUACAGUUUUUAAAUAGACACUAUGUUUGGAAGUAACAUUUGAAUCAGUAAAGGUUGAAAUGGUAUAA